UUCAGCUCCUUGCAUCAAUGAAAAUUCUACCGUGUCCACGUUUCUAAUUUUCGUAUAGCUUCAAAUGAACUGACUCUGAUAGUGUCGACUACAUUCACGUCUAAUUGGCCGUAAAAUUCAGAAAUAAUUUAAAUUUAACGGUUUAACGCAAUACACUUGUAUUUAGUAAAACAAUAUCAUAUCGCCGCACGCGCGCGUGUGUGCACUGGAAUUACUACUGAUUAGUGGAUGAAUAAACGAUGCUAACGUCGUCGCGAAUCGCGCGCCUCGAAGUGAAAUCAGCAAAUGUCGAUGAAAUUCACAAAACGGCUACAGAAUUACGUCGCCUAGCAUCGCGUACGAUUCCAAGUAGAGCCCAUAGGCUAUAGCUACAGCUGGCAUCCACGAAGGUGACCUCUUAUCUGCGGCACGCAAAAAACAAUCAAGAGUAUACGGCAUUGUUACUUGAAAAUUAUCGUAUUAACGGACAUACCAAUACGAGGUCGAUUUGCGCGAACACCUUUCAAAUGAAAAUAAAAACAUUUUUAUAGAAUAUAUAAAAUUUUAAAUAAGACAAUGCACCAAUGUUAGAAGGGGAUGCGAUUAAUUACUUUUUACGGUACCUGGAAUAUUAAGAUGUUGAAAUCCGUAAUUACACGUGCGUACUGGUUAUAUUGUCAUAUAAAAUAAACAAACUUACAAUUGCGGUUGAACGAAGUUUUUGCUGCAUCGCUAUAAGGAAGUAUUUAAAUACACUUUUAUUCGACAAAUUUUGAACAAGUAUUAUUCUGUUUUACCGUCCAUCGUGAAAGGGGUUGGCAGUGCUGCUCUCUAUUGCCAGUUCGAAUGACGAACUCCACGAGUAAAAACAGCGCCGGGCGCGCGCAGAUUGGAGCAACCUGUCUGAUUGUGAUUUUGUUGAAAAUAUAAAGAAUAAAAAUGUUGAAACUACUGUCGCUGAGGGACUUUGAAAGUCCGCCGUGGAAUGAAUUGGCUACAGCCAGUUUUAUUAAUAAUGCUGCAUUAUAUUCUGCACCGAACGACAUAGAGAAAGAAUCACAACCUCACUUUAAUCAUCUACGUGACUUCCCGGCAAUUUGCAUCACACCUGAUAUGCUAGCUACCAGGGAGACACAUCGAACAAUUGGAGCUAGAGAUUUAUUUUUGCCAGUUCAAGAUAGUGCUUUCAAGAAAAUUGUGAGUAUCUGGAGGGAAAAAGGCGUUCUCGAGGCCAUUCGGACUGCUGCUGGUGAGAAUCCUAGCGAAAUUACACUUCCUGUCCAUUGGCUGGCUGCCAGAAUAACACAAAUACUAGAUGUGAUAGAAAGAGGAAGUUUUUGGAGUAGUGUCCUACCGCCAACCGGCUCUGGCUCUAUUGUUGAUGUAGUUUUUACUAGGGAUUGGUUGAUAGCACUGGUGAGAUGCAUAGCUUGGCAUCCACACUGCAUUAGAAUAGCAGUUGCAACGAGAGAUGAUCGAAUUAGGAUAUUUUCAACUGGUAAUAUUGGUACAGCUACUUUAAGACACAGUGGACAAAAGUCAGUUUGUUGUAUGAGUUGGAGACCACAUGCUGGUAGAGAAUUAGCUGCUGCUUGUCAAAAUGGAGUAUUAAUAUGGACAGUGGAACUGGGAGCAGCUAGCAAUUCAUUGAGCCAUGCAUUUAUGUUGAAAUAUAGAAAUCAUGCACCUGUUACAAGUGUUUCCUGGGGUCCACAAGGGGAUAUUUUAGUUUCUUGCUCAUUAACAGACAUGAACAUGAUCAUCUGGGAUGUUGCAAAAGAAAGUGGAGUUCCUUUGAAAAGGGUUGGAGGAGGUGGUUUAUGCUUUACUCGAUGGUCAUCUUGUGGAUCAAGACUAUUAGCUACAACUUGCAGAAAAGUCUUUAGAGUGUGGAAUACUGGUGUCGGCACACCAUGGACUACCGAGAGGUGGACGGUUCCAAGUGGACGUGUUGCCGCAGCAUGUUUCGGACCAAACUUGACGCUUUUGUUCACGUCGACAGAAGAUCCAGCUAUGGUAUUUUCUCUACCCUUGCAGGAGCAGAUUUUCGAUGUAAAAAAAAGCGGCACAUUGAACGAUACAAAAGUUGCUGCCCCUUUAAUUGACUUGAGUAGAGUAACGUUUAGUUCCGAUGAAGGCGAUCUGGAUUAUACCGUUGGUGGACGAGUCGUAUCUAUGGAUUGGGACUCUGUAGGCAAAUAUUUAGCUAUCAUGUUUCAAGAUAGUCCAAUGGUCGCUAUCUUUAAAACAAAAGUAGGUUCCAUAUCAAGAAUAACCGAGGUCAAGCCUUUAUGCCUGGUAAAAGGCUUCCCUGGCGAAGUACCUAGUUGCAUUCAAUUCUACCCGAACUACCAACGAAACAACGACGUCAGCAUUCUAACGAUCGCUUGGAACAGUGGUUCGGUUCGACACUUUCCGAUCGUCGACGAAGUUAACGGGGAAAUGCAAACGGACACAUGCAAAGCUGCGGCUAUCUUAUCGAAUACUUUCACUUACAACGACGAUCUGCAAGCAUCACUCUACAGUAGUUUUAGCUUGAUUCAAUAACUUAUCAGUCUGAGGACGAGAUUAUAAAUCUGUUGGACUGUUGACAGUAUCGUGGCAACAAUAUUGAAGUCUGUUAUGGUUAUUUAAGUUAUUUAUUCCGCAGUGCUAUAUAUUAUAAAGAAACGAUUUAUUCCUUGUGAACUAUUAAUCAAAAAGCUAUUUUUUUUUGUAAUAAAAUCGUUAAUUUCUCUCGAUGAGAGUAAAAAUACGAAAGAA